GAGCUGAGCCUGGAAGGCCCCCCCUUUGCGCUCUGCUCCGCGGCGUUGUUUUCCACUCUUGGAUGAUGAGGUGCCAACGCAACGCACCGGGCUGAGGAGGCGGAUAAUGAGAAGCCCAGACAGUGAGCCCGUGUUCACCAAAUCCACGCAGCCCCUCAGAUCCGGGGACACCAUGACAAACAGCGGCGAACUGAGCAGCAGCAAAGAUUCAUCUGCAAACCUCUGAGUGAAGCGGCAGCAUGGCGGGGGGUCGGAGAGGACUUGUGGCCCCCCAGAACACUUUUUUGGAGAAUAUUGUCAGGCGGUCUAACGACACCAACUUUGUCCUGGGAAAUGCUCAGAUUGUGGAUUGGCCCAUUGUGUACAGCAAUGACGGUUUCUGUAAGCUGUCGGGGUACCACCGAGCAGAAGUGAUGCAGAAAAGCAGCACAUGCAGCUUCAUGUACGGGGAACUCACAGACAAGGACACGACGGAAAAAGUGCGACUAACAUUUGAAAAUUACGAGAUGAAUUCAUUUGAAAUACUGAUGUACAAGAAGAACAGGACACCGGUUUGGUUUUUUGUAAAGAUUGCUCCCAUUCGAAAUGAGCAAGAGAAAGUGGUUCUGUUCCUCUGCACAUUCAGUGAUAUCACAGCCUUUAAGCAGCCCAUUGAAGAUGAUUCCUCCAAAGGCUGGGGAAAAUUUGCACGACUGACUCGAGCUCUUACAAGCAGCAGAGGAGUUUUACAGCAACUGCAGCCCACAGUUCACAAAGGAGAGAAUGUCCUCAAGCACUCCCGCCUGGCUGAGGUCACUUUUGUUCGUGUGGUUCUGCAGCUGGGCUCUGACAUCCUACCUCAGUACAAACAGGAGACCCCUAAAACCCCCCCUCAUAUAAUACUACACUAUUGCCUCUUCAAGACCACAUGGGACUGGGUCAUCCUCAUCCUCACCUUCUACACUGCCAUCAUGGUGCCCUACAACGUCUCCUUCAAGACAAAGCAGAACAAUGUAACGUGGCUAGUGGUGGACAGCAUUGUGGACGUUAUCUUCUUGGUGGAUAUAGUUUUAAACUUUCACACCACGUUUGUUGGACCUGCUGGUGAGGUCAUCUCAGACCCCAAGCUGAUCCGAAUGAACUACUUGAAGACCUGGUUUGUCAUCGACCUGUUGUCCUGCCUGCCAUAUGAUGUCAUCAACGCGUUUGAGAAUGUUGAUGAGAAUUGGAACCACCAUGCUGUCACUCAAGGGAUCAGCAGUUUGUUUAGCUCCCUUAAAGUGGUCCGGCUGCUUCGUCUGGGUCGGGUCGCUCGUAAACUGGACCACUACAUUGAGUAUGGAGCAGCUGUUCUGGUGCUGCUGGUGUGUGUUUUUGGCUUGGCUGCACACUGGCUGGCCUGCAUCUGGUACAGCAUUGGGGAUUAUGAGGUCAUUGAUGAAGAAACCAAUCUUGUCCGCACGGACAGCUGGCUUUAUAUCCUUGCUGAGACCGUGGGGAGGCCGUAUCGCUUCAACACCACCGGUUCAGGAAAGUGGGAGGGCGGACCAAACAAAGACUCGGUCUACAUCACCUCCUUGUACUUCACCAUGACCAGUCUGACCAGUAUUGGCUUUGGCAACAUUGCCCCAACGACGGAUGGAGAGAAAAUCUUCGCCGUGGCCAUGAUGAUGAUUGGAUCCCUUCUGUAUGCCACCAUCUUUGGUAAUGUGACGACCAUCUUCCAGCAGAUGUACGCCAACACGAACCGCUACCACGAGAUGAUCAACAGUGUACGGGACUUCCUGAAACUCUAUCAGGUUCCUAAAGGCUUGAGUGAAAGAGUAAUGGACUAUAUCGCCUCCACCUGGUCCAUGUCACGGGGUAUAGACACUGAAAAGGUGCUGCAGAUUUGUCCAAAGGACAUGAGAGCAGAUAUUUGUGUUCAUCUCAACCGCAAGGUUUUUAAGGAGCAUCCCGCUUUCAGGCUAGCCAGUGAUGGGUGUCUGAGAGCGCUGGCCAUGGAGUUUCAGACGAUCCACUGUGCUCCUGGAGAUUUGAUCUACCAUGCCGGUGAGAGCGUGGACAGCCUCUGUUUUGUGGUGUCUGGAUCGCUGGAGGUCAUCCAGGAUGAUGAGGUGGUGGCUAUUUUAGGUAAGGGAGAUGUGUUUGGUGAUGUUUUCUGGAAAGAGGUGACUCUGGCUCAGUCCUGCGCAAAUGUCAGAGCGCUGACCUACUGCGACCUCCACGUCAUUAAACGUGAUGCACUGCAGAAGGUGCUGGAGUUCUACACCGCAUUUUCCAACCACUUCUCCAGAAACCUGCUGCUUACCUACAACCUGAGAAAGAGGAUUGUCUUCCGGAAGAUUAGUGAUGUCAAACGAGAGGAGGAGGAGCGACAGAGACGUAAAAACGAAGCCCCUCUCAACCUCCCCCCAGAUCACCCCGUCAGAAAACUCUUCCAGCGCUUCCGACAGCAGAAGGAAGCCCGCAUGGCUACGGGAAAACCAGAUCUGGAUGCUCAAGAUGUAGAGAAAGGCCCUGUGUAUGCUGAUGUCCCUAUGCCUAAAGCAGCCAUUACCACCACCAGCAUUGUUACCGUAACGGAGAGCCCUGCAACGCCCUCAUCUUCAACGCCUUCACCCUUAACCCCUCCCAGUUGCAACCCCUCAGACAAGGCUAAACUCCAUGUGCCUUUGUCUAUUCCUUUGGUCGGCUGCCGGCCUGCUGAACCAGUCAAGGUCAAAGGCUGGGGCCGCUUUAAGGAGUCCAUGGCCAAAACAGACAACUGGAACAAAGUGUCCAAAGCUGAAUCCAUGGAAACGUUACCAGAGAGGACCAAUGCGCUUGAGUUGCAGAUCUCUCUAAAGAAGACGGACUCUUGUGACAGUGGGAUCACUAAAAGUGAACUGAGACUGGACAAAGUAGGUGAGUUUCGCAUGACUCCUCAGGACCGAAGUCCUGUUCAACCUCCGGAGACCAGGCAUGCCUUCUACCCCAUCCCAGAGCAAACCCUUCAGGCCUCGCUUCAGGAGCUGAAGCUUGAGCUAAAAGACGACCUUAAGGAUCUAAGUGUUCGAAUGUCCAGCCUGGAGGCUCAACUUGCUGAAGCACUUAAACUUCUUAGGGCCAGGAAAUCCAGUUCUGGCUCCCCGCAGCCUCUUUUUGACAUUUCUAGACCUGCUUCACCAGAAUUAGACAAAGAGGACAUCUUUUCUUGAAGGGCGGAAAAGUCGUCAGGUUACAUGGAAACGAGGAAACAGCUGGACUCCAGUAAUAUCUAUUACUUGGAAAGCUGUGGCUGCAGUGAAUGCACCAUACAAAUUAGGCAUCAUUGUGGUCCAUAAGGUCCACCUGCCUGUGCUGAAGGGGUGUGCCUGCAGGUUAACAAGGUAUAGUUGACAAGUUGACAUGGUAGCCAAGAUUUCUGUGUUUGUAGCACUAAUAACCAGAAGGCUACAGGAAAACUGACAGCUCCAUGUUUGUACAUAGAUUUAUUUUUCCACUGCACUUUGGAUGGAAAAAUAAUCUGGGCGGUUAGAUUUUUCUCCCAACAGUAGAUCUUACUUGUAGAUGUAUCUCUGUUGGGAUGCACCAAUGCAGGCAGCAUGAACCAUUGGUGUGUCAUUGAGACAUUCAUAUGAGAUUUGUUGCAUGUCAUAUAAAAUAGAUGUGUGCCUCGAAUUGCAGAUGAUUUGUUUGAUUAACUGAGGCUGCACAGUGAGUCAUUUGCAUUAUUUCAAGUUGGCAAUAAGAAAGGAGAGACAUGUCGGAACUAUCUUCGAGUCAUUUCCUCAAACACAUGUCUUAUUUAAUGAGCUGCCUGGAUCAUUAUGAAUUAUACAACAGAUAACUCUGACCAGGCAAUCUGAUUUCCAAAAACAUAUUUGAGCAGCUUACGGAGUAAUUUCCAUAAAUCACAGACGGAUGCGCUUGACGAAAAAUGAAUUUAAAUGCCAACUAGUGAGUCCGUGGUUAAAAAGUAAUCCAUCUUUCCUGAAGUUUGGUAUUUGUUAAUUGCAUGAUUCCUCAGCUGCAAACAUGAUACACUUUUGCAUCAAAGAGGUGUAUUUUUAGCUUUUGCAUGGAGUAAUUACAUAAUGCUGAAUAUGCUGAAGAUUAUGCCUCUGCAUCAUUUUACAAAGAGUAACGACUUGUAUUUCUGAAAGUGAAAUAUAUUUUUCUGUAAAACAAACGAUGGUCUCACGUCGACUCCAUUCCUACAUUUUCUUUUUCUCCUUAAUAAUCUAGUUUAAAAUACUUUUUAAAAGGUAUUUUACCAUUGAAAACAUAACAAUUUCCGCCUUAGAUUAGUUAAAUUUAGGUGACUUUUUUAAGUGUAUGUUUGUUUUAAAGCCUAAAUAACACUCUUUGGCAUUCAAAUCUAGAAGUAGCUUCAAAAAGGCACAUGUUCCUCUGAUUGGUUAACAUUUGAAAACCUGUCCACAGGCACACUUUGCUCUUUAAGGUCAUAAUGCCUUCAUAUAUUCCACCUGACUUCUGCAAUUGUGUUCACAUGUUUAUAUACUUUGGGUACAAAUUGUGAAAGGGUUUGAAAACUACUUUUAUUGAGAGCAUAUUUAGAACCUGAUUGUCAUGGGUGACAUUAAUUACUGGAGGUUUUCUUUGUACAUUCAGGCCUGCUUAGAAAUGUCAAGCAAAUGAAAAGGGGAGGUGAAAAGGGGGCACAAGCACAUCUGUUAUUGAUCUUAAAUGAGCAUGACAAUAGCUACUUGCAUGGUUUUCUUUGAUUUCACGUUGAAAAAUUGUCAAAUUUUUCUCCCAGUUGGUAAUUUUAUUCAAUUCAACCAGAGGGUAUAAAAUAAUAGUCACAAAGGUGUAAUUGCUUAAGAAGGUAAUGAGCUCACCUUGUUAUUAAAGUGGUAAAUUGUGCUUUAAAAGGAUUUAUUUUCCAUGUGGUAACGGAACUAGUUCACUUAAUUGAAAUUUUACCCAUUUGAUCCAAUUACAAAAGCUGUUUUGACAUAUCUAGUUUUUUUUGUUUACAUUGAAAGAACAAUCUUUUUCAAUUGAGAACAAAGGUUGAGGAAAUCCAACAAAAUAUAUCAAAAAUCAUCUGAACAAAAUGUGUUCAAAAAUGGACACAUUUACGGUAAGUUGUGACAUUUACAAGAUGAAGAUAUUUUUCUAGUUUUUGUUUCUGUCUUGUGCGCCACAGAUGCUGCAUGUUUAUGUAUUUUUUUUAAAUAAUUUUUACAAAAUUAGAGACAAUGAUGAACGUUUUUUAUGUACAUAUCACAAAGCAGGGUCAGUGUGAAAGAAAAAAUGGUCAUACAUGUCUGGAACGGAGGUGAUGGAGGAACAAAAUGCAGGAGACAAACCUGUGACUUUAAUCAGGACCAAAAUACAAAGUAAUAUACUUGUACAUCUAAAGCAUCACACCAAUCAAAGGAGGACAGAAUCUGGCAGUGAACAACAACAACCAUGAACUAAAAGAAAAUUAGGGUAAAUCCCAGAAAGCAGUUGUGUUAUGCUGAAAACAAACUUACUUGUGGCAUAUAAGUGGAAGAAAUAAAAAAAAAUAAAAACAGAGACUAAGCAAGUAAAUAUAAACACAAAACCCAAAAUAACUCUAAACCCCCAAAAUAAAACUGUACCAAAAGUAUAGAUUUUCACAGUAUAGGUCGCUGACCAGCAUUUGCUACUUGAACGGCUGUAAAUUGGGUAACUAAAGUGAUGGCAGGCAAGAGUUGUUUUUAUUUUUUUUUACAUUUCUUUAAAAAAAUCAUACAUAGAUUUUAGCUCUGUGUGUUGAAUGCAAUAAUUGCAUUCAGCUGUGAAAACUUAAAAUUUUUGAAUCUUAAUAGAUUUCUAACUUAUUAAUAAAAAGUGAUCAUCAGUCUACAUACAUAUGGUGAUAUACAAGUGCAGCUCGUUAUUUAUGUUAAGGAGCAACUUUUUUAAAUAUAAACAAGAUGCAGACACCUGAAAUAAAAUACUAAAUGAAAUGUAUUCCUAUCAGCUGUAAAAAUGGUUUCAGUUUAAAUAUUUUUUACUAAAAAACUGGAAAGGUUUGGGGGCAAAAAUGUAAAAAAAAUAUGUAGAUAAUAGCAAGAAUUUAUUGUAAAUUGCACUAUUUUCCAACCUAUAAUUCUACCAAAAAUGCAUCUUUUUAAUAAAAAUAUAUAAGAAAAAAAGAAUCAGUGUGAAUGACAUGAUUUGCAGAUUUUCAGUAUAAUAAAUAUGCAUAAAACAUUUUAAAAGUUAGAGCCACAAGCUCUGAAAUCAAGCAAUAACUCAAGCUUUUAAAGCUAAAUCAUGCGCUAAAAUAUUAUUUUGUGUCAAUGGAAGAUAAACAAAUAAUUUUUUAAUGUAACUGACAAAUAUCUGUAGACUGCCUGACUGUUUUAGCAGGUAAUAAAUGUGACAAAAGCAGUUUGCAGGAAAAAGAUGAUCUUGAAUUUUGUCAUAGUAUGAUUACUGUAAAGCACAAAAGAGGUGGGAGGGGUUUUAUUUUUUUGAUGCGACAAAGAAUAAAUAAAUAAAAGAACAUCACCCUACAUUAUUGAUUAUUCACAUGGAUAAUUUAUGUUUCUUGGUUGCCUGUACACUUAAAAGACAAAAGACAAACUUAAGUGCACACAGCUGAGUGGAAAUACAUGCUUAUGGUUUUUGGUUGCCUCCAUUUCCAUCAAAAAUUAAGCUACUGGUAGCUAAAAAUAAAUGGGCAUGUCAUCGCAGAAAACGAGAGCUCAUUUGGUUUCGAGCCAGUGUUUGUGGGACAAGAAAUUUCUUCUCAAAGUAGAAAAGAAAAGCCUCUGAAGUCACCAGGCAGCAGCUUCCUCACAGUAGAUACAUUUAAAAACUGCUGCUCAUGAGCAAAAUGUUCACAAACUGCAAGAGGAGAAAAAAGGGAGUCAGACAGCAUCACAGAGGAAUUUGAUCACUCCAGUGAAGUUAUGUAAUGAUGAAUAAAAAGGUUGAUCGAAGCAACCAAAUGAGUCAAUAGGUCUUUCAAAUCGCCACAGUUUAGAAUUCUUUAUGUUGAAAAAAGUGGAACGUUUUAUCCUUUUGAGGUUAAUCUUUUUUGUAAUUAAACCCAGUUGCAAGUACGUUUUGUUGUGCUUAAAACAUAAAAACUCAAUUACAGAAGGACAGGUAGCUUCUGUAACAAAUAAAAGUACAUUCCUUGAGUAAAUAUGAGAUCCAGCGUGGCUUAUUUUAGCAGUAAUUGAGCUUCUAAAAAGUUUGGUUUUAGAAGACAGUUUUGUACCAUCAUCAUCUUCAGAGUAGUUGUUUGACCAAUAAGAAGGGGGCAGUUUGACAUUUUAUAUACUUCGCUUGUGCUGCAGAAAAUCCUCCCAAAAAAAAAAAAAAAAAAUCCAUCCACAUCCUGGCACCACAUUCUGCGCUGCAGAACCAGCUUAAUGCAACUGACCCGACGUUUUCCGGGCCAAAUGCGCUGAGGCACACAGACGCUCACAGGAAAGGGAAUCACUGUGGUUGCAGCAAUGGCCCGCCACGUCAAUUUUGCACCAAAAACAGUUAAAGCAGCUGCAGAAGACACCACAAGACAAAGACUCCAUCAGAGUAUGUGGGGAGGGGGGAACUAAAGAAGUUCAGAAAUACCUUAUGCAGCACCCACUAAAAUAUAUUUUUUUAAAUGAUAACAGCUUUCAGUCUUUUAGCUGAACUGGGCCUCUGAACCUCCAGCGUUUGCUCGUUAGUACUUGCACGACCAUCCAACAGAAAAAAAAAGUCAUAAUCUGCUUCCUAAGAUAUGACAUAUUUAACAGCCUGAUGACGAUGGCUAAAGUUUCUCAUAAAUGCUACUUUUUCAGCCCAGGAAGUAUAUAUAUUUUUUAUUUAUUGAGGGUUUUAACCCUCAAAUACUGACAGCGUAUUCUUAUCACAAAACGGUCCGAACAAAAUGUCUGAAUGUCACUUAGCUUUUUAAAUACAGUAACUUUAUUAAUAAAACCUUCCAUAUAACUUAACAAGCUGACUUCUUAGGUUCUUCUAUUAUCAGACACGGUGUCUGAUUAUAGAAGAACCCAAGAAGUCCGUUAACACAUACAGACACUAUGAACUUUAUUGAACUAACUUAACAAGGUGCUGAUAUUUUUCUCUUUUCUGCACAUGUCAGGCAAAGAGGUUUUUUUUCUCUCACAACAAAUAUUUUGUUGUACUUUAAAAAGUGUAAAUACUUGUUCUUUGAAUUUACUUUUGAAGGAAUAUUUUCUGUAAAGAAGAAGCAAAUCACUGUUUCACCUCACCACCGACACAGAUGAAUGACAGAACUGUUAGCAGAUGGUAAAUCGUGACUUUCACUUUGAAUGACAGUGUUUUUUAACACUUUGUUUGAUUUUUUUAAAUAUGUUUCCAAGGCAAAAUGUCUCUGCUUUGAACUCCUUUAUAGUCUUCAUUUUGGAUGACAUAAAAAAAGCUACAAAACGGUUUCUGGCUAAACAAAAUUGGAUUGUUGUGGUCAAAUUAAAAGAAACGCAUGGGAAAUUUCAGUUAAGUGGAAAGCAAUAUGUAGCUGUGCUGCAACAGUUCUAGAGGCACAACUUUAAGCUGCACAACUGCUUUAUCUCAUCAGCUCUCAUAUUGUUGAAAUCUUCACUUUUGAUUGUGACUCUAAAGCAUGCAAACCUGUGCCUUCAUGAUUUUUGCCCCUAACUGCUUUUCGGGCUUGUGGAAGGAAAAAGUCGAGUUUAUUAUCAAAUCUAUUGUUGCUCCUCUGAACCAGUUUGAGCAAAGAUCAUGGUUUUUUUUGUGCUCUGGAGAAACCCAUACAGAUAUAAACAUAUGCACAAGAAAUCCUGCAAUGUUCAAACGUAGGAGAAAGAGCAACAUUUGAAUUUGAUGUUCGGUUUAUGUUUUAUGCACAUGCCUCUAUGUCCUGUGAUGACAAAUGUACUAUUUUAAGCACAGCUGGAAUUUUGUUAUGAACUGUGAUAUAAUGUGCUAUUCAUAAUAAAUAUUUUGUACAUA